AUGGGACGCAAAAACGAAUUUCCUGAGCUCAAAGCUAUUGGCUUGUACGCUGCUGAUACUGUCGGAAAUGGAAAUUGCCUAUUCAACGCCCUUUCUGACCAGCUCUACGGAGACCAAUCAUGCAACACGCAACUUCGUGAUGCUACAGUCGAGUACAUGAAGAAUAACCCCGACCGCUUCAAGUCAUUCCUUGUCGUCCACCCUGGUGGCGGCUCUCGUCGUAACCCAAAACGCAAGAACCAUGGCUCUCUUGCCACCUCUACCAUUCCCGCUGGACCUACUCCCGAAGAAGUUGACGCUGCUUAUAAACAGCACAUGAAGACAAUGGCCAAAACAGGCGUCUAUGGGGACAAUCUGGAGAUCAUCGCUUUUGCUCAAGCCUUUAAAGUGGAUAUCAUGAUCUUCUCGGAGGGAGGACGUUUCUUUUACUAUGUCAGGUGUGAGAAAGCGGAAGGAGAGAUGGCUCCGAUGUUGUGCAUUGUUCACCAUGCAUGGGAGCACUAUUCAUCCAUUCGCAACGCCGUUGGUCCGCAUAGCGGUCCGCCCAACGUCAACAUUGCCAAACCAUCAGCUGAGGCUGAAGCCGAGAUGAACGCAGAGCUCGCCAAUUUUACCUACGUCAAGCCGUGGAUGGUUGACGAAGUCAUGCGGUCGCUGCCUUUCCUCACGGACCGUGCUGCCAUUGAGAAGGCCUUGCAGGACUACAAAGGCAAUGUUGACAAUGCCGUCUCGAGUCUCAUGCCGGAAUCGUCUCAAAGCAGCGGCGGCAGUUCUAGCAUAGAGCGUGAUGCAGAUAGCGAUGAGGAUAUGGAACAGAAGCCCACAAAGAAGCAGAACCGCCGUCCCAGUCGACCUCAGCCACUUGGCCAUGGGAAACCCCAGCAAAAUCUUACCGUCCGAACAAAGGAGGCCAACACGCUGUCUCCCGAUCCCAUGCAACUUUCCGCAGCUCUCACGAACCUUAAAGGAGAGAAAUCCUACGACCCUGAUGAGACCGAAGAAGAGGAUUGGCGGAAUGACUCCACAUACAAAGACUCCGAAUCUGCAUCAGUCUCCACAUCAGCGUCAGACUACUCCGCUGCUCCCAAAGCCGAACCAGGCCCUAUCCGCUUGAGGCUCUCUCAACCCAAGAAGCAGGCCGACGAGCCUCCUCAACACUCUAGCAAUUCUAGCGUACAGUCGAACAUCGGCGAUUACGAUGCCGAUGCUGAGAAGCCCCAAAAGCCCCGUGUGAUCGCCAAGCCAAGGAAGCGGCUGAUCUCUCGGGAUGAACGCGACAGACUUGCAUCUCUGAAAGCAGCUCGGCUUGCUGGUGCACAUCCAAACAGUGCACUAUACACUGCGACCCAGAAGCAGAACCAGAACACCCCCGUCAUCGACAUGGGCAUCAAGGUCCUUCACAUCUAA